UACAAUAACAAAAGCAAUCAACCACAAUCGAUACCGUGUGAAUAACUUGACAGCAGACGAAAAGCUUGUGAGAUAAAGAUAACGGGUCAUUAUAUUUCUUUCUGCGUCAAAAAAUUCUGCCGAUAGUUUAAAUAUGCGGAAUUUAUUUCUGCUUGACAGCCUCGCAUCACAGAAUAAGCAAAAAUAAGGUUUAUUUUCAUUGGUUUCUAAAUGACAUAUAAAAAUCAUACUGGCCACAGUGUGCGGGUUAUAACAUAAACAAGAAUUUUUUUUUUUAAGAUUUACUGAAGACUGUAAAGAUUUUACAGAAAGCGUAGCGGGAAGGGAGAGGGGGGGAAUAAUAUCUAGCGUAUACAUAUUUAAGCAUGAAACUCAAGCCAGAUCAGAUAAAAAGAUUGAUUUUUACAAACAAACUGAUAUUCAACCUCUAUCUAUAAUCAAUUUAUAUAAACUUUAAUAAAAAAAGUAUCAAAUUUCAAAGUUCUGCAGACAGCCUGCAGUUUUAUAGAUUUAUGAUUACCAUACACAUUUUUAAUUGGCCCAUAUUGUGUCCUUGGGAAGGAUUAAUUUCAGUUUAAUCAUGGCUGCCCCUGGUAAAAAAGCUCCACAGAACUUAUCAUCAACUCUUUCUCGAGGUUCUGGAGAGGAUUUUGAAGUUUUUUGUCAGCCCUGUGACAGAGAUGACCUGAGACUACCUGCUGCGAGGUACUGUGUAGAUUGUGAAGAGCACCUAUGAGACUCAUGCUUUAACACCCAUAGGAGACCAAAGCCACUUAGGUAUCACCAACUCCUGGAUAAAGCUCACAUGCCAAAGAGUCAAACACUUUUCACAACAUCUAGAUCUACUCAUGUUGGACAGACAGAUGACCUAACAGAUCCUUGCAACAAACACAAAAAAGAAAUUAUUAAAUUCUACUGCAAUGACCAUAAAGCACUUCUAUGCAGUGUAUGUGUAACACUCAAACAUACCCCUACAUCCUGCUGUGUUGACUAUAUACCCGAUAUAUCAGGACAGACCAUAGACAGCACUGAGAUCAAAGAUACAUUUAAGGAGCAAAGGAGAAUAACUGAAGAAUGUCAGAAGGUAUCAGCAGACCUUAAGGAAAAGGUUGCAAAAUCCAAUACUUCUUUGAAAGACGUUCUUGCUGAAAUAUCAAAGUUCAGACAAGAGAUUAACCAAAGAUUAGAUGUAGUUGAGAAGAAGGCUAAAGAUGCAGCAAAAACUUUACAGCAAGAGAAUGAAACAAAGUUAAAGACCACAAAAACAACAUUUGUUAAUACCAUACAAUCUCUAAAAGCAACAUGUGAUAAGAUAAAACACCUCAACUUGACAAGGAAAGCUGACAGACUUUUUAUUGAGAUUAAAAAUGCUGAGCGAUUGAUCCUAGAAAAUGCAAAAAUAAUAUCACAACUGACAACAACAAAAGAUAUUAAAGAAUAUGUGUUCAAACCAAGUCCAGCCAUUAAAACACUUCUUCAAAAUGAGAAAUCACUAGGUACAUUAACACCUAAACUGCUAAAACAGCCAAGUCUGCCUUCAGCCACUGCUUUCAAGUUCAGCAAAAUAUCUCCUCCUAGAGAUUUCCAUGUUAAGACUUCAUCAGAUAAAAAUAAAAGUUUCAUAACUGGACUGACAACAGUUACUUCUGAUCCAGACCAAAUAUUCCUAGCAGAUAAUAACAAUUACUCAGUUAAAAUGGUAGAUACCAAUAGUCAAUCCAUUCAACAACUAAGCCUAAGUUCACAGCCCCGUGAUAUCACAACAACCGCCAAAGAUGAACUUGCUGUUACAAUGCCAGAUAUCCAAACAAUACAGUUUCUAUAUUUCUCCUCAAACGGACUCUCUAUGAAAAACACACUGAAAGUAGAUGGAGAAUGUUACGGUAUAAGUUACUAUCAAGAAAAACUAGCUGUAACAUUCCAAGAUCCUGCAAUGCUCAAAAUCAUGGACUUGAAAGGCACAAUCCUAGUAACUGUUACAAAAAACUUAAGAGGUAAAAAUAUUUUCAUUUACCCAGAUUAUGUCACUACCAACAGACACUCUAUCUAUGUAUCUGACAGAGCAAAGCAUGAAGUUACAUGGCUUAACUGGCGAGGUGAACUACUCGGUAGUUAUGGAACAUUGGGAAUUCCAGGAGGACUUGCUAUGCUGACUGAUAAAUCAUUUUUUGUGAGUGAUUACAGAGGUAACAAAUGUAACAUACUAAAUGUAACUGGUGACUGUAGAGAAAGUAAAAUUGUACUGAAGGACUUAAAUAAUCCUCUGGCACUUUGCUGGUGUGAUGCAAGCAAAACACUUUACAGCUCCCAUUAUGUUUAUGGAGAGGAAGGGAACUUUAUUCAGAUGUACAAAAUGUCAUAAAAUACAAGAGAGAUUUUCUAUUGACUCCUAGAAAACACAUCAAGCCAUUGUUGAAUUUUAUAAGGGAAAUUCAGUCUACUAUAACAUCAUCAAGUGAGAUGCAGUGAAUGGCUCCAAACUUCCAGGAACUUACAGGAUACAUGUUUAAACUACUUUGAGAGCAAAAUUUCAGCCGAAAUCUCCAAUGCAUUAUCCAUAUAGAACACAGGACACAUACAAGUAGUUAACAAAUUAUGUUCAUGAAAACAUUUUCAAGUUUACAGACGUUUAAAAACAAAAAUAAUUGAUAUUCACCAGAAAAAGUUACUAAGUUUUGAACCUGGCCUACAUUUCAUAAUGAACGUUCUGACAAGGUUUCAUGUAGAUUAAGUUGCAAGAUGGUCUGAAGAGUUAACAAGGUUAUUUUUAUAAUCUGACCAAGUGACCUUUUUGAACCAAGAUGUCAGAUGAUACAGUUUCAAACAUGACAUAUAAAAGUUUUUAUCAAGUUUUAUGUAGAUCAUUCAUAUAAAGUGGCUUUUGGAGUGUUAAUGAGGGUUUUCUAUAAUUCAACCUAUAGUGAUCUAGUUUUUGACACAAGAUGAUCUAGUUUCAAACUUGACCUAGAUUUUAUAAAGACAGAUACUAUGUAUUCUGACCAUAUUUCAUUUAAAUCAGAUAAAAAAAAUAUAGCUUUGAGGACAGAUCUUGUACAAACAUUCUCACCAGGUUUUGUGUAGAAUGGGUACAAAAUGUGUCCUCUGUGUUAAAAAGUUUUUCUAUGAUGCGACCUAGUGACCAAGUGACUAAGUUUUUGACCCCAGUUUUAAUCUUGACCUAGAUUUCAAGACAAACAUUCUGACCAUGCUUCAGAAAGGUUAGGCAUAAAAAGUUUGACUGAUAAUGAAGUUCUUCUAUGAUUUGACAUACUGACCCACAUUUUGAAUCCAGAUAACUCGGUAUCAAGCUCCUCUCAGAGUUUAUUAAGUCAAUCAUCAUUAAAAUGACCAACAUUAGGACCUUUAGAGUGUGUAUGACUCGGGUGUCUCUGGGCAUUAUUUCCGGCACAGGCAAACAACUGACCUUCUGUAAGCCAGCUGGAUGGCUUCCUCACAUGUAACGAUUCUAUAACCUAGGCAUGGUUUUCAACAACACAACAGGGAGGGAGAUGUGAUUUCAACUUAACGCACAUUAACUUGGCCAUGGUUGCCUCCUAAAUAUUUGCAUAUCCAGGUGCCCCUCCAGUCAUUAUUUCAGGCAUAAGCAGACAGACGGGUAGAAUCACCCACCUUUUGUAAGCCAACUGGAUGGCUUCAUCACAAGACCCAAUUCUACACCCAAGGUUUUGAAACCUGUGUUUAGGGAGAAGCGAUUUUAAGUCAGGGACCUUAACAACUUGGCCAUGAAGACCCCUAUAUAUUCUUCUAUCAUGGAAAAUAUUCAUGAUAUCUAAUCCGCAAUAUAUAUACAAGGGAGUAAAAUCUGUAUCACCAAGAAGAAAAGUUCUCAGAGUAGCCUACCUUAGGCAAUGUAAUAAAUAUUUUGUUUCCCUUCCCUAUCUUACAAGGACAAGAUGAUUUCAUAGAUCAUUCUUUAGAUUAGUAAUACAAGCAUGUACCAAAAUGACUGUGUUCAUUUUACUUGUUGCAAAAACACUGCACUUAAUUGGUUUUUAAGGGAUCAAAAAUAAAAUCCCAUGUUAAUGGUACAAAACUACAGUCUAUAAAAAAAAUUCUUUGUUUCUGCUCAAAAAUUUUUUUUCUUGGAAUUUUUUUUUUUAUUAAGUGAGCUUUUUGGAAAUUAUUUUCAUGUCAAAAAAUGAAUACAAAUAAGGGGGUUAUGCCUUUAGAGCAACAGUAAGUUGAUUUCUAACAUCACUGACCAUGUUUAAAGCACAAAAAGUGAAGUUUUGCAACUUUUUGUUACAAAGUUAAAAAAAAAAUUCUCUAAGGCCAUAAAAACAUUUAACAUAAAAACAUAGGGUCAGGCCAAAAAUUGAGGGUAGGUCAGGAUACCGGAAACAAAAAAUUUCUUUUUUUACGCCUAGUAGCUUAAGUAUAUGAAAUACUGAAUAAUGUUUAUUACAGACAUUACAUAAGAUGUAGGUUUAUCAAAUUUAUCAUGAAAUUAUAUUAUAAAUUGAUACUGUGAAAAUUUGUGGUUAUGCUAAAAUAGUGUACAAUUUAUUAUCCAAGAUAACAUCUUUAUAAUAGCAACCUUAUUCAUUAUUUACAAUGUUAAAUGGUGUGAACUAAAAUGAUUCAUACUAUUGAAAUGUGAGCAAAUGUGAACAGAACAACAAAACAAGGGCUGUCACAAGAGAUGGAGCGCUUGACUGUUUCGAUGCUUGAUAGUGAAACUGGGAACAUCUGAGGAAGCUGGAGCUGUCACUGAAGUGUUUAAUGACUCCAAUGCGGAUGAAAAUAUUGGACAAUGUGUCAAAUGUAUUUAGUAACAACAGAGAUUGAGAUACAGUGUAUCAAAACAAUAAAUAAGUAUAAAAAGGACAUAAUCCAUGGAAAAUUUCUGCAAAAGUAAUGCACCAUGUGUCACAUCAUGUGGCUAAUAAUGUCGAACAGCUAUUUUAAGUUUGAAUCAAAUUAUUUAGUAAUAACUGAGAUAGAACAAAAGUGCAUCAGACCUUGAACCUAAAAUUCUAAGUAAAAGGGGGGCAUAACUUAUAGCAUUUUGGUGCCUAUAUUAUGAACCUUGUGUCAUAUGAUGUUGGUGACAAUGUGGAACAACCAUUUUAAGUUUAAAUCAAAACUAUUGAGUAACAACAGAGAUAUGAGGAAUUUUCAUAUGAAAUAGACAUAUGUCAUGUUUUGCAUUUUUUUUUGGCUCAAUUAAAUGAAUGGAAUAGACAGAAGCUGAUCUUUCAGGUAUAUAUCUAACUCUUGUCUGCAAUAAACUUUCUAAUUUUGCUUUACACUUGAGAUGUGUAGAGUUUCAUUCGAAUUGUACGAAUCAUUUAGAAGUUGUAGCUGACACAAGAAGUAUUUGGGAUGGAUAAACUAAUGAACCCACUAAUGUACAGACAAGCAGUGCAAUUACUAUAUGCCUCCUUUCUGAGGCUUUAAAAUAAUAUAUUAUUAAAUAUACCUCUCAAUUGAAUAUUAACAAGAGCUGUCAGUGGACAGCACGCUCGACUAUUCUCGAUUCUCGCUUGGUAGUAUAAUAUAUGCUAUAAGUAAAACUUUAACAUUACAAUAAGCAUAUUCUCAGUUGAAAAGGGGCCAUAAUUCAGUCAAAAUGCUUGAUAGAGUUGUCUGCACCUGUUUACAGACUGGGGUCAUGAUGGUAAACAAGUAUGCAAAAUAUGAAAGCAAUAUCUCAAUGGACUUUGAAAAUAUUUGGGGUGGUACGCAAACUUUAACAUUACAAUAAGCAUAUUCUAAGUCGAAAAGGGGCCAUAAUUCAGUCAAAAUGCUUGAUAGAGUUGUCUGCUCCUGUUUACAGAUGGGGGUCAUGAUGGUAAACAAGUAUGCUAAAAUAUGAAAGCAAUUUCUCAAUGGACUUUGAAAAUAUUUGGGGUGGUACACAAACUUUAACAUUACAAUAAGCAUAUUCUAAGUCGAAAAGGGGCCAUAACUCAGUCAAAAUGCUUGAUAGAAUUGUCUGCUCCUGUUAACAGAAUGGGGUCAUGAUGGUAAACAAGUAUGCAAAAUAUGAAAGCAAUAUCUCAAUGGACUUUGAAAAUAUUUGGGGUGGUACGCAAACUUUAAAAUUUGUGUGACGCUCACGCCGGUGCGAGUAGGAUAGCUCCCCUAUUCUUCGAAUAGUCGAGCUAAAAAGUAGAGUUACUCUAUAUAGUAUUACUCACAAGUUAAAUGAUUUUCUCACAAAUAAAUAUUUGGUGGAAAAAUAAUUAUUCUAUUUAUGGAGGAUGCUCAGUUCUUUCAAUAAAGG